GGCCUCCGCUCCCGCCCGGAAGUCCCGCCUCUGCCGGAAGACCCGCGUCGGCGUGUCUCGGAAGAUGGCGGCGGCCAGGAGCGUGGAAGGUGCGGGUCCGGGCGGCCCUCGGGGCACUGGCAUGAAGCGUAAAGGCGGGCGCGGGUUUCGCCGCGGCCCCGGGGCUGGCGGGAAAGGGCCCCUCAAACGGCUCAAAUUAGCGGUGGAGGGGUUCGUACAGGCCACCUCCGUGGGAGACGCUCCUGGCGCCUUCCAGGGCCGCGCUGGUGCCGGGGUGGGUUCCCGCCGCAACGGGAAGAAAAGCCGCAAGGAGCUGAAAAAGGAGAAACGACACCUUAAGAAAGUUCGUCGCAUGCAGAGGACGGGAGGCGCUGCCCAGGGUCCGCGAGAUGAGGAGGAGGAAAGCGCCCGCCGUCCCGCCGGGAAGGACCCCUCGUCCCCCAGGCAGCCGCCCUCGACCCAGAAGACCAGGAGCUCCCCGGCCCCCAACAAGGCUCCAUCUGGGCAGCCCAGACCCCCGGACCCCAACAAGGCUCCAUCUGGGCAGCCCAGACCCCCGGACCCCGAAAAGGCUGCUCCUGGGCAGCCCAGACCCCCGGACCCCAAAAAGGCUCCAUCUGGGCAGCCCAGACCCCCAGCAGCCGCCGAAGCCGCCGCCCGGAAACGGGCCCUUCUCGCGGCCAAUGAGGAGGAGGACCGGGAGAUCCGAAAGCUGGAGCGCUGUCUCGGCUUGAACAAGCGUAAGAAGAAAGGUGACGGCAGCUCCGUCCCGCUCAGCUUCGCCCGCGACGGCCUGGACUACAUCCUGGGAGCUCUGGGGUCUGGGAGAAGCAGCAGCGGCUUGUACGAAAGCAGUGAGGAAGAGGAGGAGGACUCCGCGGACACGCCCCCUGACAGUGACUUAGGGAGUGACUCGGAGGACCCUAGUGAGGGAGAGGAGGAAGAUGGAGACGAGGAGGAAGAGGAGGCUCAGGCAGCAGGUGAGGGAGUACAGAGUGAGGAUGAAGAUGAGGAUGGACCACGGGGAGACAUAGACGCCACAAGGAAGACUCAGGAGGAAAGAGGGAGAAAGAGAGUCCGAUUUGCACAAGAUGAAGAAGAGAGCCCUCCAAGUUCUUCGGAAGAUGCUGAUCCACAGGAUGAGAGUAUUGCAGAAAGCGCUGAGAAGUACAUGCCGCCUCAUGCGCGGCGAGCCGAGGAGCCGGUGGAUGUCCCGAAGAAGGAGGAGCUAGAAAGGCUCAGGAAACAAGUCAAGGGUCUGGUGAACAGGCUGAGCGAACCAAACAUGGCGUCCAUUAGCAGCCAGCUGGAGGAGCUGUACAUGAGCCAUAGCAGGAAGGACAUGAAUGACACCCUGACCGCCACCCUCAUGGAUGCCUGUGUCACUGGCGCAGCUAUGCCCAGCCGCCUGAUGAUGGAGCACAUUCUCUUGGUCAGCAUUCUUCACCACACUGUGGGAAUCGAGGUCGGCGCUCACUUUCUGGAGGCCGUGGUGAGGAAGUUUGAUGCCAUGUAUAGAAAUGGAAGUGAAGGGAAAGAAUGUGAUAACCUGUUUACCAUUAUCGCCCACUUGUACAACUUCCACGUGGUGCAGUCUCUACUCGUCUUUGACAUUUUGAAAAAGCUUAUUGGAACUUUCACAGAAAAAGAUAUUGAACUGAUCCUGUUAAUGCUGAAGAACGUGGGCUUUUCCCUGAGGAAGGAUGACGCCUUGUCGCUGAAGGAGCUCAUCACCGAGGCCCAGACCAAAGCCAGCGGGGCAGGCGGCAGGUUUCAGGACCAAACUCGGAUUCGGUUCAUGCUGGAAACGAUGUUGGCGCUGAAGAAUAAUGACAUGCGCAAAAUUCCAGGCUACGAUCCCGAGCCAGUGGAGAAACUGAGGAAGUUACAGAGAGCUCUGGUACGCCACGCUGGGUCAGGGGCAGAGACUCGGCUGCGCGUCUCCUGGGACAGCGUCUUGAAUGCUGAGCAGACAGGUCGCUGGUGGAUUGUGGGCUCUGCGUGGAGUGGGGCCCCAAUGAUUGACAGCAGUCAGCAGUCAAAUCCACAGAAACAGCGUCCAGGGACGAUCAGUUCAAAGAUGCUAGAACUUGCCCGGAAGCAGCGGAUGAACACCGACGUCAGGAGGAGCAUAUUCUGUACAAUAAUGACCAGUGAGGAUUUCCUGGACGCUUUCGAAAAGCUUCUAAAGCUUGGACUAAAGGAUCAGCAGGAGAGGGAAAUAAUCCAUGUGCUUCUGCACUGUUGCCUUCAGGAGAAAACUUACAACCCCUUCUACGCAUUCCUGGCCGGCAAGUUCUGUGACUAUGAAAGGAGAUUUCAGAUGACUUUCCAGUUCAGCAUUUGGGACAAAUUUCGGGACUUAGAAAAUCUGCCAGCCACUAAUGUCUCUAAUUUGGUUCACCUGGUAGCUCACUUGUUGAAGACAAAAUCGCUUCCACUUUCCAUUUUAAAGGUAAUUGAAUUCAGUGAAUUGGACAAACCCAGAGUCCAUUUUUUGCGAAAAGUGUUGAAUAUUCUGUUACUGGAAACAGAAGUGGAAGACCUUGGUUUAAUAUUUACAAGGGUGUCUGACAACCCCAAGCUGGGGAUGCUGCGGGAAGGCUUGAAGCUGUUCAUCAGCCACUUCUUACUGAAGAACGCGCAGGCCCACAGAAGUGCCGAGGAAGCCAACCUGCUGCGGGAGAGAGCUGAUCUUGCCACCAGGUCCCUGCAGGGAAAGGCGUCCCUGCGGAUGUAGGCGGGGAGCAGCGGAGGGCGGCGCUUGGACUGCUCAGUGGUCUGCUGUCUCUGUGUGAGAGCUCUGUCGGCUCUAUUGUAUUUAUUUAUUUAUUUCACUUCAUUUGAAAAGUGGAGAUGGAUAUUCCAUCUUCUGAUUCAUUUCUCAAAUACCUGCAAUAGCCAUGGCUGGGCCUGGCCAAAAGCAUAAACCCAGAGCUCAGUUCUGUCUCCUUCGUGGAUGUCGGGGACCCAGACUUGAGCCAUCCUCUGCUGCCCGCCAGGGUACACAGUAGCUGGGACUCCAGCAUGGGCUGUGGGCAUCCCACAUGGUGACAGCCGCUGCCCCGAACUCCUACCCUUGUAUUAAAAAUACAUAUUUUAAAGUAAUUGUUAGAUCCAAAGUUGUGUUGUAUUUUCAGGUAGCUGUGUAUCUGUGUUAUAUGUACACACAUACACGGGGUGGGAGAUGAAGGAGGGGCAGGUGUACUGGGUAUGGUAUUCUGUAAGCAGCGGACCAGUAUAUUUAGGCAACCAGGGAGUACAGUCAUAAUAAAACAAUAUUUUUAUAUUUUUGUACUGAUCAGAAGUUCAGAAACCAUCAAAUGUGAUGCAUAAUAUUUGGUUGUUUUAAUCAUCAGAAUGCAGUUGAAUUUUUAAAAAAGUCAUUUGAUAAAAGCCCUGUGCAUAGCCUAUGGACUGCGUGGUAUGGAUAAUGUGUUUCAUCAUCAGCCAUCUAGCAUUUGACGUAGUAGAAAAUGUUCUUUAUAUCACAUCUACUCAGUAUACUAACAUCCAAAUUACAAAGCUUCCAGCUUUGACCUACCCAUUUGUGAAAUGAACCAGCAAGUGGAGUUCUUUCUCUUUAAUUGUGCCUUUCAAAUAAAUACAAUAAUAAAAUAUUUUUAA